AGUGACGUAAUUGCGCAAGAGCUUCUUCCGUUCUCUUUUCGUUGAGGCUCAGCUAUCGGCCGGCCUUGCAAACAUGCAGAUUUUCGUGAAGACGUUGACGGGGAAAACCAUCACCCUCGAGGUUGAGCCCAGCGACACUAUCGAAAAUGUCAAGGCUAAGAUUCAGGAUAAGGAAGGAAUUCCCCCUGACCAGCAGCGUCUGAUCUUUGCUGGCAAACAGCUGGAGGAUGGACGCACACUGUCCGACUACAACAUCCAGAAAGAAUCCACUCUGCAUCUGGUUCUGCGUCUGCGUGGUGGUCUCAUCGAGCCUUCACUCAGACAGCUGGCCCAGAAAUAUAACUGCGACAAGAUGAUAUGCCGCAAGUGCUAUGCCCGUCUGCAUCCACGUGCUGUCAACUGCCGCAAGAAGAAGUGUGGUCACACCAACAACCUUCGCCCCAAGAAGAAGCUGAAGUAGACGCGAGGGCUGAUUUGGCUCCUUGUGCCAUUUUGUGUUGAAAUAAAAAUAAGAAAAUUA